UAUUUUCACAGGUGCAAUUCCUUUCUCAUAGGAACUUGUUAGGCCAGCUGUGAGCUGUACCCAGCCGAAGCAGCAAGCCUGAGCCAUGGUUUUAUAAGGCCUUUCUUUUGUAAGAAUAUACAUGCAAUAUAUGCAGUAAACAGCCUCCUGCAGAAAGAAGACAUCAAUGCAUGUUGUCUUUAGCUGCCCUCUGGCACAGGAGUCCCCUGGGGCAAAGGUCUCUGUGGUAGGACAUGGGCACCAGCAUUGGCAAGGCUUGGGGAGUGGCAGGGACUCUGCCCCCCCUGUUGAUUUCAGUACUCCCCUGAAAGGGGUCUGAGCAGCAUUUGUGCCCUGGGCCACACAUCCCGUGUCUGUGUCACACCCCUGCGUGUAUGCCAGCCACCCAGCAAUGGGACGUGUCCCAAAGAGGCUGUGGUGGCUCCUGUGGAAGGCCCUGGUGCCCUUCCCACUACAGCCCCAUGGGGGCUCCUUCUGCUGCCCUGGGCAGGCAGAGCAGAGGAGCAUCUGCUCGUUUAUUGUUUGAGCAGUUUCUAAUGUCCCUAUUUUUCAACUUUGUUCAACACUUGGGGGAAUGUCUUCCUCGCAAGCUGGGGCAGUUUGGGUGUGUCCUAGGGCUCUUUGUGACACAGUGCACCAUGGUCACCGUGGGAUGGGAAUGGACAGAGUGUAGAAGGGUGACCCUUUGUGACAAGUCAUGACAUAGGUGCUAGCGACGACACAGCCACGCCACAGUGCUCAGUGCAUGCAGCGAGACAGGACGGGACAGAGCAGUGCUGUGAGGAGCCCCCACACAGCCAACUCAUUCUUUGCUGAUCUGGAGCUUUCCCAAACUGUUACUGUUUCAGGUGACCUUGAAGCCAGACUGUGGCACUUGGUGACCAUAGGCUUCUCAAGUUUUCUUUUUUGCAGGUGCCCUCAACACCAGUCUGUAGGAGUUGCCGACACGGAGCCUUUCCAAAAUGUCUCCUGUCACUGUGGCAGGAGGUCUUGAGGCCAGACUGCAGGACUUAGUGUCCUGUAGCCUUCCCAAGGCUUCUCUUUUGUAGGUUCCUUCAAGGCACAGCUGCAGCCCUUGCUGGACCUGGAGCUUUUCCGAGGAGCUUUUCUCCCCUGCAACUAGGAAUAAAUCCAGACUUUGACAUGGCAGAGAAACGCUCCAACCUUCCCAAGAAGGUGGAAGAAUGCGCUGGUGGUGCCCCACCACAGCAAGGUAAUGAGAUGGAGCAGCUCCAGCUGCUGCAGAAGGAUGUUUACGAACAAAGGCGCUUGGUGUCGAGACAUGAUCACCAUGUUGACCAAGCGUGAGGCAAAGCCUGACCCUGCACCCACUCAGAGCAUAGCUCCUGCUCCCAGCAUGGAUUCUUUUGGAGACAGGCUUGUCUCCAGUCCAAAUCAAGUGCCAGGUUUAGUUAGGAACAUGCAUCAGAGGCUCAUGUCCAGUGAGGCUCCAGACGACAGGCUGUUCAUGGACAUCCUGAGGCUGACUGAUGCCCACCCCACUGAUGUGGCAGUGACCCUCCUGCGCUGUGCCCCAUCGUGUGAUAGAGGUGCUGCAAGCAUGUGGAAAACCAUAGCAUCAUCAGGAACAACACUGGACAAGGUGCUGCCAUCACUGCUCUCUGUGCUGGAGGGCUGGCCACAGCAGAGAAUGUACACCUCAGAUGGAGACAAUACGGAUGUAUUUUCCCUGGCUGCAACCAGGGUGGUUUGGGAGAUUCUCCGCCUGCCCUGGUGCCCAGAGCCGUUUAUGGAAUAUUCCCCCCAUCUCGUCGUGGCUCUGCUCUUCCAAGUUUUUAUCAGUACAGAGCAGGUGCCAGAGGAGGUUGAUAAUUUCUGGAGGACAUGUCAGGAGGAACACGGCCUUUCCACGAGCAUCAACAGGUUUGCAAUGCAGACUUUAAGGGCGCUGUUCCACCAUCUGCGCUGUGUGCAUUUAGUGGUUGCAAUGGAACGCAAGUGUGGUUGGGACACGCUGCUCUGUGUUGACACCCACCACUAUGCUGUGGGUCUGCUGGCCAGAGAGAUGCGCCGUGUCUCCAUCCCCUUGUGUUCGUGCAUUGCACUCCGCCUGCUCAGGCUGCUCAACCAGGAGGAACCACGCUGGGAACUUGCUGCUAUGGCCUUCCUUGUGGAGGUCCUGGAGUGCCUGGACUUGAAUGAAUGGGGUGAAAACCUCCUGGAGAUCAUGACAAAGCACCUGAAGAGCGAGUCCAAGGAGGAGUGUCACCUGGCACUCAGAGGCCUCGUGGUGCUCAGCCAAGAUCCCUUGAUGACCAAAAAAAUGUGCAGCCUGUCUGCAAGCUUGGUGCAGCUAUUGAAGAAUGCAGAUGGAGAGGACAUCAGGUUGACCCUCACUGUGUUCAAGAACAUGCUCCUGAAAAAAGAUAUUCUAGUAUCCAGCCCCACGGCCCCGAAACUGGCUGAGGCUCUCCGGCCCCUCUUUGACAAUGACAACAGCCACAUACAGCUGCUCUCCAUUCAACUCUACCAAGAAGUGAUGGAAUUGGUAGUGGAAGAGGGAAAAAAGCCCUUGAAGGUGUUGGUGAGCGACAGCUUGCUGCCGCUCUUCUUCUAUUGCCAUAGUGAGAACAGGCGUGUGGCAGAGUCUGCUCGGGAAACACUGCUUUCAGCACUAAGCUUCCUGAAUAGGAAGGAUCUCAAGCACCUGCUAGAGACAGAGGACCCAUGGAACUUUGGCGAGCGUGUGCUGGCAGAGGACAGGAGCCAAGCGGGCAAGCACCUGCGGCAGGCUCUGCCAUACCUGGAGAGCCCAGAGGAGCCCGUGCGAGAGGCAGCCAUCAGGUCCAUUGGGAUUGCCAGCAUGCUGAUGAAGGGGCAGCAGGAAGAGCUGGAGAUCAUCUGUGAGGCCCUUCAAGCCCUUAGCCAAGAUGAGAGCCCCUCCAAGACAAACCUGAUAGUUCAAGCCAUGUUGAAAGAGCUGCAUCCCUAA